AUGCUUCGUCGCGGGAAAUCCAUUACGGGGGCCAGAAUUGGUCCCAAUAAAACCAAUCAUAAGACCAUUAAACCCUCCAAGACCAGAAAGAUUAUCCGUCGGUACCAUUUCUUGAAUCAAUCAAAACAAAAACUUUUGAAAUUGUUAAAAUUAGAGGAUACAAACAAUCUGUUGUUUGAUACGUUGAGGACCGGAAAUGCUGAUUUUCAACAAGGUUGUGAUGUAAAGCGUGGUGAUGAGGUCAUAGAGAAACAACUUGUGAAAGUACAUCAACAUUCCGCUGAACAAAGUUUACUUUAUAGAAUGUUGGGGUAUGUAUAUACCGAGCUGGCUGACGAGAAAGGUCUAUCUAAUUAUCAGAUGGCCAGUAGAAUGGGCCAAGAUGUGAAACGUGGUGGUGAUUCUUCCAAGAUUCUUAUCCAAUGGAUGAAAGAAUUGAUGAAUUCUCACGAACAAGACAGUUCACAUGCGAUGAACGCAUUAGAGAUUGGAUCUCUCAGUAAAGAUAAUAAAAUUAGUACUAGUGGGAUCUUUAACCCGGUGGUAAGAAUUGAUCUAAAUAACUCCAAUGAUAAUGAAGGUAUCAUACGACAAGAUUUCAUGGAACGACCAAUACCUAGGAUCGAAGAAGAUAAAUUUGAUCUUAUCUCAUGUUCAUUGGUAUUAAAUUUUGUACCGACACCUGUAGAGAGAGGUCAAAUGUGUCACAGAUUCCAGUUGUUCUUAAAAAAUGAUGUCAUAUCAUCUAAUAAACGUGGUAGUUAUGUAUUUAUCGUAUUACCAUUACCGUGUCUUUCCAAUUCUCGAUACAUGAGUGAGAGUCGAUUCCAUGAUAUGAUGAAAUCGUUAGGGUAUGAAAAUAUAAGGUAUCAAGAGGCUAAGAAAGUAUGUUAUGCGUUAUAUCGAAGAGAUCAACGCAUGGAGAAUAUUGAGUCACAAACGCGGUUUAUGAAGAAGAAACAAUGUCGAGAUGGUUCAAAGAUGAACAAUUUCAAUAUACUUUUAAGUAAAUAA